AUGAAAGAGCGUCAAGCUGCAUUGGAUUCAUUGCGGAACAAACGUGUGGUAGUACCUCCCCACAUUAAGCAGCGAUUCUACGACGAUCGGACGGUAACGGAGGUUAUUUCAGAAACGGUGGUAGAUGAACCAAUGUUCCCACCUCCUCAGGACUUGCAGCCAUAUAACAGUCAUUCUCCCUCGAAAACUAAAAGCAGGCGAGCCAAGAAGAACGAAGAGGAGAAAGAAGCUUUCGCGGAGUUCAUGAGGCAACACUCUGACAUAAGCGACUACUACCAGUAUGCCAAGCAAUGGAUUCCAAACGAGGGAGGCAAGAAGCCUUUGGACGUUCCUCCGAGGACAAGCAUAUUAGAUUACCGUGAUUCCAUGGCUUCGUUUCCCAUGGGCUCGACCUUGCCUUCUUCUAUCCCUAUGACUUCAUUCCCAGGCUCGGUAUUUUCGAACUCGCCUCUUCCAAGCCAAGGUAUGGAGGAAAUUGCGAAUGAGAUGAGACAGGCUGCCAGAGAAUACAGAUCGCACAGCCCUGAUAUCACGACCCGGGCGGACAAUCUGGCUGUAGACACCUUGGAUGCAGCGCGGAAUAGUGUGGGCCAGAGUGGAUGGAUGGCUCAGAGAUCCAGCAGUCUUGUUAACGGCGUGGGACCGUUCCCUCCACCCGGAUCAGGCAUUCCACCCGAACCGGCACCGCGCCUUUACGCUCCUGCUACUUCGCUUCCCUUUCAACUUCCACAAACAGUUCCAAGCUCGGCACCGUUUCCAAACUCCGCCCCUUUCCGAGCAGAGCAGGAAUUAAAGGCUCCUUUUCCACCGGUCAACGAGAACCGGAGAUACCCAGAGAAGUCAUUAAUACACACCAUCCCUGACGGCCCUUGGAGAACCACUGCAACAGGUACUGACAUUGUCUACGACACAAUAGACCAAAGGAACAUGCGGACGACGGAAACUCAGGGAAGCCGGACAUUAUAUUAA